AUGGGUUUGAUCAUUCCCAUUGGGAUUGCCAAAGUAUUAUUCCAUUGGCUAACUUUCUGGGGUGCUUUUAAAGCAUUGAAAGUACCCAAGACAAGAAAGAAGAUCCCUCGAAUGGCCUUUCAAAGAAACGAUCCACUUACGAUACCUCGAACUCCUCCUACUUUGAAGGCUUUGACAAAAGUGCAAAAAGAAAGACGAACACAAAUUAAAGCAAUGACUCAAGUCUGUUUGGUAUGGGUCAUUUGGACUCGUCUCAAGCUCUUGAUUGAUUGGGUUGCUUGGGCUAUCCCAUUUUACGAUGAAAUUCAUUUGCUAAGCUUGAUUUGGAUGAUAGUCAUGGGUCCCACUAGUGCCGAGUUCUUAUUCGAUCAUUGUAUCAAGCGAUUCGCCUCACCUUACGAACAAUCCUUUGACGCUAUCUUAGGCACGAUGCAUGAUUUUCUCGUCAUCGUCAUAUAUCUCAUCACUUGUGGUCCUAAUUAUUUGGUCAAAGAAUUUGGAAAAUGGAAAGCUCGACAAUUCAACAAAUCACUCUUAUCCGCACGCGCUGCUGCUCCUCCUUCAAGACUCCCAUCUCGCAAGUUAUCGCAAUUUCAUACUAAACCUAAUCCCUCAGGAUCAGCUCCAACGAAUUCGCAUUUGGAGUCUUACACAAGAGCCGAGAAAAACUCAUCGCUACCUAAUUCAUCACUUCCUACCACACGAACAAGAUACCCUAGCCUUGGACCCACCCCCUGGGAAAUUCCCAAACAACCAGGACCAACUACCAAAGCUCCUCAGAGGAAGCCAACUCUCAGCCGGAAACUGUCCUCAUCUUACAAGCGUUCUGUUUCGAACAGCAGCUUGAGGUCUGUAUUAGAACAUCGUAAUUCUUAUAAUCUACCGAAGAAAAACGAAGUUCGAAACUUGGAAAAUCGACUGAAAUCAAAGCCACCUUUAGCAACGGCUCAUUUGAACACACUAAAGGAACCGAAACCCAUGAUAUUUGGAAAUGCUAAGAUGAAUCUACCUGCGAUCCAACCUAAUGUCACCAAGCAAGGAUCUACCAAGGAAAAUCAACAUUUCUGUUUGCAGGAAAACUCGAAUGACCCCUCCGAGCUUAUCUCACCACUGGUGAACUCUAGUCAACAAGACGAAGAAGAUUUGAAGGCUUUCUUUCGUGAUAACUCUACAGAGCUCUCGAAGGUGUACGAAUUAAGUGAAGAUCAGAUAGGGAACAAUUCACUUAUCAUACAUGAUAAUAUUAGCGAACCAGCCGACCCGACCAUCGGACUACCAUGGUCUGCAACAUCGGACUGUGUGGCAUCUCAAUCUCGGAAACGUACGCAGCGAACAGAUGACGAAGAUUUUUCUGAGACGUGUGAUAAUCCCCUUGAAACUCGUCGUGAGGGUAGUGUACAAGUCGUUUCACCUCCAUCACUAGGGUUCCGUAGUUCGAUUGGAAUGCCAAGCUCACCAGUUCCUGAUUCAAACCUACUUGGAGCUCCACCCACCAAGCGUCAAAAAGUCUUGAGUUCCCCAUCUGACGCCUCGAGUGAAUCAUCGGAUGAAGACGCAGAUUAUGAUAGUAUGGCAUUAGAUUCUCUAAGCUCUGAACAAUUUGUUGAACCAGUUCAUCAAGAUGAAACAGUGAAAUGUGAUAUGUCAACUUGGUACUCAGCACCUAACGCAGCCAUUCCAAGGCCUGAUCAAACUCUUUCACCUACGAAAGCACCGGCUCCUAACGUCAAAAGACGACUUCAUAAUCCAGAUGAACCUUUACCUACACAUGGACAAAGUUUAGAGACAGUUUUGAAAAGUUUAAAGGGUUUAGAAUCAGAUCCGACACUUCCCUCAACGAACCGAGCUAAGAAAUCGAGUAAUCUCGGUCCAAGAAUCAGUGGAUAUUUACAAAACAUAUCAAAACAAUCACCUACGAAUCGAAGAAGAGAAAAUCUAGAAGAUUCAAAGAAACGAUUAACUUCAAAUCAAAAGAUUAAUUCAACUUUAAAUUCUAAAUCAGAUUGGAAACGACGCGCAUCAAGUGUGAGCAAAGGAGCAAUUCCUGGUAAAUUAGGAGAAGAAAAAUCAGUUCAAGCACGUUUGAAAUAUCAAGCUUUGAAUUCAUCAAGAACUGAAAGGCAAAAUCAUGAUCAGAGAGAUUGGUGUGAAGAUUAUAGAGAAGUUAUUUUGGAAGGAAAACUAGGAAUGAAAAACAAAUUUGAAGUUUUCAUUUGA